GCGGUCAAUUCAGGUGUCCUUGGGUGGCCGGCGCGGCCGCGUCUGCGCUCGCUGUCUGCGCUCGCUGCCCGCGCCUGGAUCGGCGGCGCUCGGAGCUCCAGCCAUGCUGUUCUGGCACACGCAGCCCGAGCACUACAACCAGCACAACUCCGGCAGCUACCUACGGGAUUUGACUAGUGCUCUUCCAAGGGAAAACGAUGUCCUCGCUCUGCCCAUCUUCAAGCAGGAGGAGCCCCAGCUGUCCCCCGAGAACGAGGCCCGCCUGCCGCCCUUGCAGUACGUGCUGUGUGCCGCGACGUCCCCUGCCGUGAAGCUGCACGAAGAGACGCUGACCUACCUCAACCAAGGUCAGUCUUAUGAAAUCCGACUCCUGGAGAAUCGGAAGCUGGGAGAUUUUCAAGAUGUGAACACAAAAUAUGUCAAGAGCAUCAUCCGCGUGGUUUUCCAUGACCGCCGACUGCAGUACAUGGAGCACCAGCAGCUGGAGGGCUGGCGCUGGAGCCGGCCUGGGGACCGGAUCCUGGACAUUGAUAUUCCACUGUCUGUUGGUAUCUUGGACCCCAGGGCCAGCCCGACCCAGCUGAACACUGUCGAGUUUUUGUGGGACCCUUCGAAGAGAGCGUCAGCCUUCAUUCAGGUGCACUGCAUCAGCACAGAGUUCACCCCGAGGAAGCACGGGGGCGAGAAGGGGGUGCCUUUCCGCGUGCAGAUCGAUACGUUUAAGCAGAACGAGAACGGGGAGUACACAGAUCACCUGCACUCCGCCAGCUGCCAAGUGAAGGUGUUCAAGCCAAAGGGAGCCGACCGAAAGCAGAAGACCGACCGGGAGAAGAUGGAGAAAAGAACCGCUCAGGAGAAGGAAAAGUAUCAGCCGUCCUACGAGACCACCAUCCUCACAGAGUGCUCUCCCUGGCCUGAUGUGGCCUACCAGGUGACCAGCGCCCCGUCCCCGAGCUACAACGGCUCUCCCAGCAGCUUCAGCCUUGGCGAAGGAAACAGUUCUCCGACCCACCCGGUGGAGAACCUGCCGGUGGGCAGUGACCACCUGCUCCCGUCCACCUCCAUCCAGGACGCCCAGCAGUGGCUCCACCGCAACAGGUUCUCGCCGUUCUGCAGGCUCUUUGCCAGCUUUUCUGGUGCUGACUUGCUGAAGAUGUCCCGAGAUGAUCUGGUUCAGAUCUGUGGCCCCGCAGAUGGGAUCCGGCUCUUCAAUGCCAUCAAAGGCAGGAACGUGAGGCCGAAGAUGACCAUCUACGUCUGCCAGGAGCCGGAGCAGAGCCGAGCGCCCCUGCAACAGAAGCGGGACAGUGGUGGGGACAACAGUCUGUGUGUGUACCACGCCAUCUUUUUGGAAGAGCUGACCGCCUUGGAGUUGGUUGAGAAGAUCGCUAACCUGUACAGCAUCCCCCCCCAGCACAUCCACCGAGUCUACCGGCAGGGGCCCACGGGCAUCCACGUGGUGGUGAGCAACGAGAUGGUGCAGAAUUUCCAAGAUGAAUCUUGCUUUAUUCUCAGUACAUUAAAAGCAGAGAGCAACGACGGCUACCACGUCAUCCUCAAAUGCGGACUCUGAGCAGAACUAGGACGUGCACCUGCCUCCAACUCCCAGCCCUCAGGACCCCCCGAUGUAGAAGUUGCAUCACUAUUUCAUGUGACCUCGCCUGGCCAGCUGAGGCUAGGAGGGACUUUGCUGGGUCCCUGACAGACAGACCAUCCACCAGCUGAACCCCAUGGACACACGGCCUCUGGCAUGCAGAAAGCCAGCGGCUCCCCACUCCCUCCCGGCUCAGCUUUCGAACAGUUCCUUGUUCUUUUUCCUAACCCUGCCGUUCUAAAGAGGCAGAUGGGGAACUGCCUUCUCCGAAACCUCUUGCCCCCUUUGUGGGAGGCUGUUGGGUAUCUUGCCGCCACUUGCAUAAGUUCUUUCUGACCGCUCCUUCGUCUCACCCCGAACCUUCAGCUCCUCCCUGGUAACUGGCCCCCUUGGCCAGGUGCUAACUGGACAGUGGCGAUUGCCACCGAGCUGCUGUCUUUGUGUGUGUUUCCUUCUCAGGGACUUGGGCGAGUGUUUGCUUUCGAUGGGUUGAUGGGAGUGGGGGUUAUUUCUGUGCUUCUGCCUCUUUCAUCUUUACCUUGUUUCUAAGUAUUUGCUCCUGCAAAGACCAGAGAUGAGUUUGUAUCUCUGCACUGGCCUGUGUCCAUGUAGGACCCGCCAUACAGAUGCUGGUUCUGAGGCCCUCAGGGCAGAGAAUGAGCAUUUUCAGGCACCUUCUCAAAAGUAGAAAAGGGAUGAGAGCAAAAUGCUUCCUCUUGAGCUACUCUGGUGAAAUGAUAUUUUCUCAAUAGCUGUGGGAAAGGAGGAAUCAGAAAGGAGCAUUGCAAUGCAUCAUCAGAUGACCUUGACCUUCAUAAUACAAGCUCCUCUUGCAGUGGGCUUAGAAACCCCCGUUCGAGGAAGACCCUGGUAUUAUCGCUGCUACAUCUGCCUAGUUCCCUGGGGACGUUGUCUUUCCUGUGGGUGCCCUCAUUGAAACGUUUAUCUUUUUUCAUUUGGAGGAGGUACGUUUAGGGUAUCUAGCCUGCCUUGGGGUGCUUAGAUUACCUUUUGCAGUAGCUCAGCUACAGUGCAAUUUUACCAUCAGUAAGUGCGCCCAACCCAGGGCUUGGUCUUGCCUCUGGGUCCCAGGAUCUGGGGAUCUGUCCUGGCUCAGGGCUUCAACUCUGCUAAUUUAGGGUCAUCUUCCAAAGCACAGUGAGCCCCAGGACCACUGAGUAGUUUUUUUACAGGUUUUCCAAAGUAGAGCUGUUGAGAAAUCGAGUGCUUGACUCAAAGAUUGUCAGAACUGGGUAGUCCUUGUUUUACAGAUGGGGAAACUGAGGCCCAGGUGGGCAAAGCCACCUGCCUGACAUCACAUAGCCAUAGGGUAGUCACACAAAUUUAUCCUAUGGUCCAGGACAUUUCUGAGAGUGAAAGGGGGCUCUGCUAAUAAUUUUAUUGGACAACAGGUGUUGUGUUACUACGUGGUGAGGACAGACCCCUGAUUCUUUUUCUUUCAUGUGUGUGUGUGGGGCAGGGGUAGGAAUGAGAACAGCUUUAUUGAGAUAUAAUUCACAUACUACACAAUUCAUCCAUUUAAAGUGUGCAGUUCUGUGGUUUUUAUAUAGUCACAAAAUUGUGCAACCAUCACUACUAAGAACUUGAGAACAUUCUUAUCAUCCCCCCAAAGAAAUCCUGUGGCCUUUAGCAAUCACCCACCUUCCCGAUCCUGCCCACCCCCUUCCAACCCCCCUGGUCCAGACACCAUGAAUAUUCUGUCUGUCUCCAAAUGUGCCUGUUCUGGAUAUUUCGUAUAAACAGACUCUUGUGUGUUUAUAUGAAAACACACUCAGAUAUGUGUGUUUAUACAUUGCAUACAUGGUAAUCAGUACCUUUUGUGGUUGGCUUCUUUCACUUAGCAUAAUGUUUUUAAGGUUCAUCCAUGUUGUCACCUGCAUCAGUACUUCAUUCCUUUUUAUUUCUGAAUCAUAAUCCAUUGUAUGGAUAGACUGCAUUUUGUUUGUCCAUUCAUUAGUUGUUGGGCAUUUGGGUGGUUUCGCCUUCGACUGUCGUGCAUGAUGCUGCUAUGAACAUUUGUGAACAGGAUUCUGCGUGUACUAUGUUUUCAUUUCUCUGGGGACUAUCCCUAGGAGUGGAGUUGCUGGAUCAUAUGAUUAACUUUAUGUUUAACUUUUGAGGAACUGCCAGAUUGUUUUCCCAAGUGGCUGCACCAUUUUGCUUUCUUACCAUCAGUGUAAGAUUCUAGUAUCUCCACAUCCUUUGUCAACACUUGUUAUUAUCUGCUUUUUUGGCCCUAGCCAUCUUAGUGGGUGUGAAGUAGUAUCUCAUUCUGGUUUUGAUUUGUAUUCCCUAAUGACUAAUGAUGUUGAGCAUCUUUUCUUGUGCUUAUCAGCCAUUUGUUUAUCUUCUUUGGUGAGAAAUCUAUUUAGAUCAUUUGUCCAUUUGUAAUUAGCUCACUGUCUUUUUAUAACUGAGUUGUAAAUGUUCCUAUAUAUUUUAGAUACAAGACUCAUAUAUGACUUGCAAAUAUAUUCUCCCAUUCUGUGGGUUGUUUUUUCACUUUCUUGGUAGUGUCCUUUGGAGCACAAAAAUUUUUAAUUUUGAUGAAGUCUAGUUUUAUUUUGGUUGCUUAUGCUUUUGAUGUCAUUUCUAAGAAACCAUUGCCUAAUCCAAAGUCAAGAAGAUUUACUCCUAUGUUUUCUUCUAAGAGUUUCAGCUCUUCCGUUUUGGUGUUUGAGCUCUUUAACUUCUGUAUCUAUAAGUAGGGUCACUGUUGUGCAUGUAAUUCAGUAAUCCCAGCACCAUUUGUUGAGAAGACUAUGCUUUCACCAUGGAAUUGUCUUGGCACCCUGGUUAAAGGCCCUUGAUUUUUACUGACUCUGGAAAACAGGGCUGUCAUUGGGAAGCUCAGCUUUGCUUACUCAGUCCUGUCUGGCUCCAUCGUUCUUACAGCUGGAUCCCCAUUUACCCGUCUGACUGCUCCUGGGUCAGAUCACCACCUGACGUUCCACAGCCUUUCUUGCUAUACAUUCCAGCUCCACCUACCAGUCCUGGGGAAGGAUCAGGACCAGUCAUUUCCUUUAUUGACUAGUGAGGAAACUGAGGCACAGAGGAUAAGAAUAAUUGGCCCAAGAUCCCACAGCGCAUUCGUGGCAGAACCACUAGAAACUGUUCUUCUGACUUCCAAGCUUUCGAGAUGGAAUCUGUGGUUGCCACACCUGAGGGAUGCCAUCCCCUAGGCCGAAUGAUGGCAGGCUGAGUUCCUGAUUCUAAACAGUGUGGUGGUCUGACAUUUUCAUUUCUCACUUCUGAAGGGGGCCUAGUAAAGGGUGACGGCUUUGCUCUUGGUGGUGUCUUCCAUCUCCGACACCCACCGUAGCCUGCUCUCCUUACCUGCUCUGGGUGGUUACAGUUAAAUCUUGCAGCGUGAUUCCUUCCAUUUAUAUGUGCCUCCUGGUGCAGUUACAAAGGAACAGCAGAUAAUAAAUACCAAAAAAUAGUAUGCUUCUUAAUUUGGUACCAAAAUGUCUCACACACACCCCUCCCCUGCCCAAAUCACAGUUUGCCUUUUCUGCAGGCGUCAGAAAAGCCCAAACUGCAGGCUAUAGUUUUCAUUUUAUUAAAGUACGCAGAAAAGCUGUAACUCUUCUGACUCCUGCCCACUGUCUUUCCUGUGAGCUCUGAGCCCGGGGGUCGGGACCAGCUGAGCUGGUUAACCCUGCUCAGAGCCAUUCCCCCACCCCACGUAUUCCAGGCUGUGGCUUCUCCUUGGCAGCAGCAGCUUUCCAAAGUGAGGUCCAGAGGGACGGGAAGGAUGCACAUGUGCUCAGCCGCCAUCUUGAACCAGAGGCUGGAAACUGAGUUCUUGACUCUUAGGCCAUCACGUUCCCUUGCUGGGCCGGUGUCUGUCUGGAAGGCUGUGACAAACCUUUUCCUGUUGAUCACAUUGCACCUUUACAAUAAAAAGAACAAAGCUUUUGAAUGGGGGAAUGAGAGGAUUUGCUGGGGUGUAGGUGGGGAGUUAGAAGUCUUAGCUUGGGGUCCUAAGCCAAGGUCAGAGGGCUCUUUGGUGACCUCAGGCCCGGUGCCUUCAGACCCUUAGGAAGCUCUGUUAACUAGAGAGAGCUGUACACGGGGCAGGUGCAGCUGGCCAAGCAGUGUGUCACAAGUUUCCAGGUCCAGCCUUGCUUCCAGGGGUGGCCUGAGUCACUUAAGCUCUGAAAAUCAUUAACAAGUUGAUGGAAAAAGUGGAAAAGCCUCCUCUGCUGUUGUCAGUGGAACAGCGGGAGAAAGCCUGAGCUCACAGAAUGGCAGGUGUGGGGGAGGUGGGGGAAAAUGUUGGCCCUGCCCAAAGUGCAGAAUGAGGGACAAGGACAGGGGAACAAGACCAAACCUGGGCCUCUCUGCUCUCAGUCUCCUCCCCAUAAAAAUAGGGCUGGGGUCCCCCAGAGUCCUUGAAUCCAACAGGCGGUGGGAUGUUCUCACUUCCCCCCGAUGGACAUCAUAGGAUGGGAAGGUUGUGUGUGUGCAUUCUUUGUACUCUGCAUCAUGCCACUUUCUCUCCCACUCAGCUACUGAGUUCACUGCCAUUUGGCCCAGAAGCGAGUCAGAGGGUCGUGACUUCAAGAAUCAACUCCCAGAGCUGAGCUGACCCCCUGUGAGCACCUUACAGAGCAGCCACCAGUUUGCUCUUUGCACAAACGCCCUGAGGUGGGAUGCAGUGCAAGCCAGGCCUGAGGCUGUGCAUGUGAGUGUGUGUGCAUGUGAGUGUGUGUGCGUGUACACACGGGCCCUAGCUCCUCCCUUCCGAAUUUGACCUGAGCCCGGCCCCAAAGAGCACGUCAGCCGGGUGCUGUUGUUACCUGAGCCUGGACCAACCAUGGCAUUUGGGGAAGCAAACUCCCUCAGAAAAUGGACACUACCCCCCACCACCUUUGUUUUUCAUUUUUAAUUGUGGGAACAUGUAUACAACAUAAAAUUUCCCAUUUUAAAUACUACCUUCAAGUAUACAGUUCCAUGCUGUUAAUUGCAUUCACAAUGUUGUGCUCCCAUCACCAUUAUCUAUUACCCAAACUUCUCCAUCACCCCAAACAAACUCCAUUCUUAAGCACUGCUGUUCCCUUCGGGCUUUAUGUGAGCCUCGGGGUGAGGCCUGGGGCUGGUCACCCUGGGAGGGUCAGUGCAUGCGCUGCAGCCAGCAGGCUCAUCCAGGGGGUGUGGCAGUGCCCCGGGACCCCCAAGGGCAAGGCCUGGACAUGUGGACUUUUCCCUUGGGUUACAUAGUCUGAAAUUCUCAGGUUGGCCAGGAGGAAGUGCUUCUCUGUCUCUGAUGUCCCCCUCCCCAUUGCCCUUUGGGGAGAGAGAAUCAAGGUCUCCAGGUGGCCCUGACCUGAAGGGGAGGAGGUGAAGCCCUGGGUGGGGUCUGAGGGCAUUUGGGUGUUGGGUAUGUCCCUUCCUGGGACCCGCCAAGGUGGAUGCUCCUGAAGCCCACUUCCCGACAGAGCAAAGGCUCCUCCUGGGUGCCCUGAGGCUGGGUUUUACCUCCGCCCUUUGACGGGCAGAGCUAACCUUUGGGGCCAGUGGGGUCAGGCUGGAUCCGCCUUCCCCUGGGGACCUUCUAGAGGAGACCACAUGUCUUCUCCAGCCCUACCAUCCGUGCUGCAGCCAUACCAUCCCCUCCAAGGAGACAGCGACCCUGGGGUGGGCUGCAGGGUGGCUGCCGGGGAGAGGAGAGCCUGUCAUUAUGGCAAGUUUUCAAACCUUCAUCAGCGAGAACACUAUAGCUAACCCCACAGUCCCAUCACCAGCUUCCAUAAUUAGCAACCUAUGCCCCAUCUCAUCGGGGGUUGCAAACUGCAGCCCGCAGGCCAAACCCAGCUCAUUGCCUAUUUCUGCAAUGGAUUUGAUGGCAGGGAACGCUAUCUUUGAGCCCAGUUACCGAAAUGUUCUAUAUCCCCCCCUCAAAAAAAUAUUCUUAGUAGAAAUUUCUUAUAAGAAAUUGUAGUCAAUUAUCAUUAUAUUUGAAUUUCAUCAAUAAAAAUCUUGUGCACAUUUUUUUUCUCUCCUACCUGCCAAGUAUCCAUUUUGUCCCUUGGCCCACAGAGCCUGGGAAAGGUUUGCCAUUACCCUCUAUAAAAACACAUUCCAGACAAUAAGAACUGUUUUAAAUAACAUAAAAGUGUUUAUUUUGUUUUGAGUUCUGAAGCCAGAGAAACGUUCAGAAGAGCAGUCUUUGAAUUUCCUGUCUUGUCUCUCCCUUCCCGUGGGCCCGUGAGCUGCCUUGGAAGGUUCUGGUGCUCCUGCUUGCUCUUUCAGACUCUUGAGUCCUUUGCUUCUCCCUCACCCCUUCCUGGGGACUGGUGGCCUUGGGUCUGAGUUCCUGGGCCAGGUCCCCAGGGGUCCAUGUGGGGAGGGGGUUUGUGUGGGGGUCCACAGAGCCCCCCGUGCAGAGGGCGGUGGCUUCCUGACUUACCUUCCUGCCCCGGGAGGGUAAAUCCCGGGCUCUUGGCCUCCCUGGGGCCCCACAAAUCCCUCCCACUGCUCUGCUCUUCCAGGGAUUCCACUGGGCCCUCCUACAAGCGGAGGGUGGAGCGCCUCAGGGAGAGCUUGGGGGAGCCCCCGAGCUGCCUGGCAGGGAGUGAACCCCACGUGCUUGCAGCACUUCCAGCUGGACGGCCCCCUCCCGUGGCUUGGCCCUGUGGGCCCUCGUAUCUUCCCUGCACGUGAGGACCAUGAUGGAAAUCGUGGCUGGUGCCUGACCUCGCCUGGGUAUCCGUCCGUGUGCUGGGAGCUCGUUCAUGGUCCAAGCUGCACCAGGAUGGAAAUCAGGACUGGGAAGUCAAUCCCAGGGGUCUGAGUAACCCGGAGCCCCGUGGCUGCCCACACCCAGUCGCACUGUCUCAUCCCGCACUGCAGUGACGAUUCCCCACAGCCCUUGCUGGCGUCUGGGGGGCCUCCUCUCCAGAUGGGGGAACUUCUUCAUUGCUAAAGACAGAAGAGGAGGGCGUUGGUCUGUGUGCUCCCCCCACACCCCCACUGUUCCCCCCCUUGCCUGGUAAUGCUUGUAUUUAAAGUGAUGACGUCCUCUCAUGUAACUUCCUCACCCUUCUUCAGAUCGGGUGAUCCUUCUCUAAAGGUGGUGGGAGCCUCUAUCAGGGUGGUGGGGCCCUCGGGCCAGGGCGGCGGGUGUGACCUGGGUCGUGGGAGAGGUGAGCCUUGACACUGUCAUCCUGCCGUGUUGCUUUCGUACCUGAAAUAAAGCCUGUUUUGCACUUGUUACUGUACCGCUGUGCAGAGAGAAAUCUGUAUCUGGGAGCUUGGGCUUGGG